AAUUCUGACUGUUUGUCUGGACUUUUGGGCCCGAAAGACAACACGCAAACGGUCACGCUGUGGUGCGUGUCCGUUUACGUGGGUCCUGCUGCGCCUUCGCUCCACCUCUGCGCCUCUGGAUCCCCAGAGCGCAAAGUUGACAGAAGGUAAUCCCCACCAUGUGAGUGGGCGGUGCACUGGGACCAGAGGCGUGCUUUUUUUCUUUCUUCUUUUUUGGGGGGUUUGUUUUGUGUUUCUAAUAUUCGCAUGCUUCUCUACCUAUAAAAAGGGCGCCUGUCUGUCUGCGUCAGACACUUUUCUCCAAUGCCUUCUCCUCCAAAGGUGACAGAGUAGGAGCCUGACUCUCCUGCCGGCAGAGAUGAUGGAUGACUCCAGCGGAGUCCAGAUGGCGCGGGCGCUGAAGCAGGCAGCCCUGUGCCUGAUGCUGCUGCCCCGCUUCCUCCUGGCCGCCGUCAUGCUGUGGCUCCUUGAUUUCCUGUGCAUCCGGAGGAAGCUGCUGCUGAAGAUGGGUGAGAGGCAGGACAGCCCGGACGACCCGCCGCUGUGCGUCUCCGACUCCAACAAGAUGUUCACGCUGGAGUCCCUGCGGGCUGUGUGGCACGGCCAGAAGCUGGACAUCCUCAAAACCGCGCACCUGGGUCAGACUGCGCCCAACACCGAGGUGGUGCUGGUCCAGGAGCGGAGGCAGGUCCGAAUCCUGGAUUGCAUGAAAGGGAAUAGACCGCUCAUUCUCAACUUUGGCAGCUGCUCUUGACCGCCGUUCAUGAUGCGUCUGGCGGCGUUUCAGCGCGUCGUGAGCCAGUACGCAGAUAUUGCGGACUUCUUAGUUGUAUAUAUCGAGGAGGCGCAUCCCUCGGACGGCUGGGUGAGCUCUGACGCGCCGCACCAGAUCCCCAAGCACCGGUGUCUGGAGGACAGACUCAGAGCCGCCGCGCUGAUGCUCACGGAGGUCCCCGGCAGCAAGGUGGUGGUGGACAACAUGGACAACUCGUCCAAUGCCGCGUACGGAGCCUACUUUGAGAGACUUUACGUCGUGAGGGAUGAGACGGUCGUGUACCAGGGCGGCAGGGGCCCGGAGGAAUACCGGAUCUCGGAGCUGAAAACGUGGCUGCAGCAGUACAGGAAGGAGCUGCUGCAUUCCCAGAACGCGGUGCUCCAUGUGUAGCUGCGCAGAACUUCUGUUAUUUUUGUACUGAAAAGAGUUGAUGAAAACCGGAUCUGAUGAUCCAUUUAUUUUUGUAUAAAUGCCGGUGUGUGUGUGUUCGUGCGCGCGCGCGUGUGGAUCGGUGGGUGCGUCCUCUCUGAUGCUCCAGCCCGGAGUCUGCGUGAAGUUCGGCUUUUAAAAGGCGCGUCCAGAAAACCGACACUGAUGUUUCUGACUCCACGUCAGCGGCAGGAUGCUCCCACUGAUCCACGCGUGAAACUGAACAAAUCUGUGGAAUAAAUGUGGCUCAUCUCCGACAUGUGAUGGGGACUAUAUUUAGUUUGGUCAAUGUGUGUCUGUUUGUCUCUUUUGCACUUAAAAAUCUGUUCAAAAUGCAUUUUAUUUGUGUGUAGAAAGAGAAUUAAAGCGUUAUUUAAAUAUAAAAAAGA